AGAGUGGCAUCAAGCUCGAACAGCACGAGGAGGAGUUCCUGCUCAACGAAUCGGAGGACUGGGUCGCCAAACAGCUCGCGGCCAAGGAGAAGGAAGCCGCUCAGCGUCAGUCGAAAAAAUCGGAAACCCCAGCGACCGCUUCCACUGCGACGCCAACCGUUGUGUCCGCCCCUAGGGAAGAUGCGGCCCCGACACAGCCGAGAAAACCCGUCGAACGGAUGCCACAGACGCAGCAGAAGAAGCAGCAGCAGCAGCAGCCAAAGCAGGAAUCACAUCCCCAACCGGAAGUCAAGAAAGAAACUAUUAAACAGGAAACAGUACAACCAGUAAAGGAAGUUCCUCGGCAGGAAUCCAAAGCGAUCGUGAAAGACGAACCACCUUCCAGCCAGGAAACAAUCUUGCCAGCCUCGACAGAGUCUGAAUCCGGCAGGGACACUACAACGGACAUAUCUUCCGUUUCGGGUUCAUCUUUGGUUCCAGAGUCGGCCUCAGGAACCUCGCUCUUCACGGAAACUUCCGUGUCGCAAACAGAUUUGAAUGCUUCAUCUGCUCGGGAUACGGCACAGACGGAGGAAGAAACAGAUGCCGUUUCUUCACAAGCCUCUACACAAUCGGACGUCAGGGAUUCAAAAGAUGAGAAAACCAAAUCAUCCAGUCAACUGUGCGAUACCACUUCCACCGAGGAUGUGCUGGAUUUACACGUCACUAAGCAGGAUCGUGAUCAGGAUUUCUCCUACGAUACCGAUGAAUCAACAGAGAAGCGAGACUGGAAGCACGAAACCAGCAGCAAAAACUCCACUGCGUCGCAUCACCAACCGCAGCAGUCCCAUCGGCCACAUUCGGGCAGGCCUAAUAAUUUCAAACAUUCCGGCGAUUCCGGUGGAUCAUCCUCUGGAGAUCAACAUUUUCCGCCUCCUGGAAUGCUUCCACAUCCAGGCGGUCCCGGAGGACCAGGUUUCGGCCCAGGGCCAUUCCGUGGCGGCAUGAGGCCUCGCUUUCCACCGCGUCCAGGUUUUCCCGGCGAUAUGAACAACUUCCGCAACAACCGGAUGAACUUUCCCAUGGGAGGGCGGCCACCAUUCCCGCCACGGGGACCUCCUUUCGAUCCCAUGAUGCGGCCUGGAAUGAUGCGUCCCGGUGAUCGCCCGCCGUUCGAUCCAAUGCGUGGAGGACCUCGAAUGGGUCCCGGAGGGCCAAUGUAUCGGCCGGGUGGCCCUGGUGCUCCGCCACCCGGAGGACCUCCUUUCGGCCCAAUGGUUGGACCUGGCAGAGGACCCGAAAUGCCUCCCCUGAGUGGUCCCCCUGGUCCGCUCGGCGCGUUGCAGCCACAUCCACCUCCACUGCUUGGCUUCGAUACACCCACUUUGGGGGCAGUUCCUGCCGUUCCGGUAAUAGCCGCCACACCUGUCCUUCCCAGAAAGGUGUUGAUUAAUCCGAAUUUCAAGGGAGGCGUUGAAGCUGCCACAAAUCAACUGAUGCGCGAUGCGCUCAGCAGCCAACAGUUCCUGGCCAACAUCAACAGCCGGCCGGUCAGCGACGAGGAACUACUCCGCCAGCAGGAAGAGUUCAUUAACAAAAACCGCAUCGAGGUGGAGAAACGCCGCUUCGAGCGGUCACCAUCGCGCGAAAGGGAGCGAGAGCGCGAUCGCGAUCGUGACCGAGAUCGCGAACGGGACCGUGACCGGGAGCGGGAUCGUGAUCGGGAACGGGAUCGCGACCGGGGGGAGCGCGAUCGGGAACGGGGUCGCUCGCGGGACAGGGAUCGCGAUCGCGACAGGGAACAUCGCGAUCGGUCACCACGGGAACGAUCGAGGUCACCGCGGCGUCAUCGCGGCGGCAGUCGGGACCGGGAUACGAACCGGCCACCCAGGAGGAACUUCCCUUCGCGGCGUCACGGCAGCCGCGAUCGGGAUGACGACAGUCGGUACCCGAAGAGGCGAAAGAGCGGCGACUAUGGCGAUGGUCUACGGAACAAUAGUGAUAGAAAGGAUGACGAUGAAGAUCCGGAAACCAGAGCAUAUCGGAUGGAAAUUGAGAAGCAGAAAGCUGCUCGCGAGAAGAUACUUCGCGAUAAGGAGAUGCGUCGGAAACAGGCGGCGGAGGAGAAUAAGAAGCCGAGACCUUCGGACCGCAAAUCCGAGGAACCUCCCGCCAAGUAUACUCCCAUCGUAGUCACCGAAAAGAAGAUCAUCUCGCUCAAAAAGAAAUCCGAAUCCGAUAGCAAGCCUCCAUCGUCGGAUCGCCACUCAUCCUCCAAUCAUGGAACGUCAUCAUCAUCGGCGUCAUCGCGUAAGCCCGCCGAUUCGCCCAAGAAGGCACCCACCACAGGUGGCACAUCGUCGGAUAACGAUACCUCGAAGAAGACGACCGCUCACGAUGACCUGUUGUUAUCCCACGAGCUGUCGCUGUCCCCCAGCUCGCCAAAACGCAAAGUGAUCGACAAUCGCGAUGAGCUGGAUCUCUUCCUGGACGCGUACGAAGAGGAGCUUCUGAACGAGUCCACAUCGUCACCCCCGAAGGAGAAACCACCCCCGCUGGUCAGCAGCAACCGAGAAGUUCGCGAUGGAGGACGCGACAGUCGGGAUAGCGGCCGCGAUAACCGUGACAGCGGUCGGGAUAGCCGUGACCAUCGGAGUGGUUUCGGUUCCGGAAACAGGCGUAUCGUGAUGAAACCCGGUUCCGGAUCGGAUUCGCGCCAGAGCGAAAAGGACAAAGCUGCGCCUCCGGCGAAAAAGUCCAGAGUAUUUGAUAGACUAGAUAAGCGAAUAGGGGUCAAUGAUGCGGAUAAGCGCAAACUGCAAAGGUUAGUCAAGGACAAUUGAGACAGCAGGGAUUCAGAUAUUAACUUUCUCUUGCGUGCAUGUGUGGUGAGAGUCUGGAUUGUUUGUACCCCUAGAUCAUUUUUUGUGUAUCCUUGUGUUUGUUCUUUGAUGUAACUGAUUGUACAGUCAAGAGCGAGCUGUAGAGUAUGUUACGUCCUAGGUUUAGGAUUUUACUCCCACAAUAUUACAGCAGCCUACUUUGUUACAAAGCCGUUUUCGUUCGUGUAACAAAACAAAGUCAAUGCCAUCUCUCCAAUAUCUAAGUAGGCUUAAUCGCCUUUCGUUCUAUUAACAUGAACUACCAAAACCAAGGUUCAAAAAGAGUAUCGAAAGAAAAGCUUGACACUAAAUCCACACACGCUUAGCUUUCCCUUAAACUGCUAUUUCUAAUAACCAUUUACCCGUAAGUAAGUCUAUUGUGUAAUGACAAAAGUUGAGCAAAAACUGUGAAAGUUAGUCCGUAGGCAUUAACAAAUUUUCAAUUAAGCGUAAAAACCUACAAAACCCUCACCAAGAGAGGUAAACCAUCAUGCCGACAAAGUUUAGUAACAGCUACUAAGUGAGAAAAGUACAUAAACGAUUGCGCAUACCAACCUUCAAAACGAC